AGUCACGACUUUCAAAUGACAUGUCUGUAUGUAGAGAAGAAUCAGCAAAAUUAAAAAUUAAUCGAAGUAACUAAUUAGUAAUAAUUAUGUAUUUAGAAUGUUUUCUCGUUUGAGUAUUGACAUAAAAUUACAAAUACAAAGUGCGCCAUCGUGUGAACAAAAAUGAGGACCCGAAGCAAUUCGGGUGUACGUUUAGAUUAUUAUCAAAGAGUUGUGCACAAGUUAAUUUUAGAUCACCAGCAACCGGUUACGGGGUUGUUCCCAGCCAGUCCUCACAAUGAUCAUGCCUGGAUCAGGGACAACCUUUACUGUAUCUUGGCCGUAUGGGGGCUGUCCAUGGCAUUUAAAAAGAUCGCCGACCAGGAUGAGGAUCGCGCCAAAACAUACGAGCUAGAACAAAGUUGUGUUAAGCUCAUGAGAGGACUUUUAAUGGCAAUGAUGCAACAAAAAGACAAGGUAGAAAAAUUCAAGAGCACUCAGCAUCCAUUAGAUUCCCUCCAUGCAAAGUAUUCAUCAAAAACUGGCCAAACUGUAGUUAAAGACACUGAGUGGGGCCAUCUCCAAAUUGAUGCGAUUUCACUAUACCUCUUAAUACUUGCCCAGAUGACUGCAUCAGGCUUGCAAAUAGUAUUUUCUUUAGAUGAAGUUGCUUUCAUUCAGAAUUUAGUUUUUUAUAUAGAGUCUGCAUAUUGCACCCCAGAUUAUGGAAUAUGGGAACGGGGUGACAAAACUAAUCAUGGUCUACCUGAGCUAAAUGCUAGUUCAAUCGGUAUGGCUAAAGCUGCUCUCGAAGCUAUGAAUGAGCUUGAUCUUUUCGGUGCCCGUGGUGGGCCUUCAAGUGUUAUACAUGUGCUAGCAGACGAGGCACAGAAAUGCCAAGCUGUGUUACAGUCAAUGCUACCUAGAGAGUCCAACAGCAAAGAGUUGGAUUCAGGCUUGCUGUCAAUCAUUAGUUAUCCAGCAUUCGCUGUUGAUGACCCUCAGUUAAUAACUAAGACUAGAGAAACAAUAGUGACAAAGCUUCAAGGAAAAUAUGGUUGCAAGAGAUUCUUGAGAGAUGGGCACAAGACCCCUCGGGAAGAUCCAAAUAGAUUAUAUUAUGAACCAUGGGAGUUAAGGAUGUUUGAAAACAUUGAAUGUGAAUGGCCUUUAUUCUUCUGUUACCUCAUACUUGACUACUGCUUCCAAGGGGACAAGAAUAAUGUCACUGACUAUAUGCAAAGGCUCGAAAAAAUCAUGAUAAGGAAAGAUGAUGGGAUAAAAUUAGUUCCUGAAUUGUAUUCUGUGCCAGCAGAUAAAGCUGAUCAAGAACAAGUUGUGCCUGGCAGUCAAGAACGGAUACCAAUGGGAAGAUGCCCAUUUAUUUGGGGCCAGUCAUUGUAUAUACUUGGAAAAUUAUUACAAGAGGGAUUUUUAGCAGUUGGAGAAUUGGAUCCACUAAACAGAAGACUAUGCUCAGAAAAGAAACCAGAUGUGGUUGUCCAAAUAGUAAUAUUGGCAGAAGACAAUGAGAUAAGGGAUAAACUACUUGAACAUGACCUUCACGUUCAAACAAUUAGUGAAGUGGCACCUAUUGAAGUACAGCCAGCUAGAGUCCUCAGUCAUCUUUAUACAUAUUUAGGGCGCAACAAGAAACUUGGAUUAUCUGGAAGAAAAUCACGUGAUGUCGGAAUUCUGAGUACUAGCAAAUUAUAUUCCUUGAAUGAGCGUAUAUUUGCCUUCACACCCCAGAAUUUCGACUAUGAAGAGUACUACAUGACUCGCGACCCGGCUUUGCUCGCGAGUACGUUCACAGCGAACGUCGCCUUUCUCGGCAUGAGUUGGAAGCAAAUGCUGGGGCGGCCUACCAUCACUUUACUAGCUACACAUUACCUUUUAGAUCAGGGCAAAAUUCCCAUGGCAAUGAUAACCACUAUGAAGAAAUUAAAGUCAGGUUACAUUAACGGUACAAGAGUGACUCUUGGUAACCUCGGUGAAUUUUUGAGUACAUCUGCUAUCACGAAUUUGAGUUUUUUGGGCAGCCAAGAGGAUGGUUAUCCAGACAAACUGAACCCGCAAGUGCACAACUACUUAGAGGAUCACUUGCUGAAAUCUUUCAGCAACAAGUUCAGUAUCCUGUCUCAGCCGUCGGGCCUGAAGAACUCGCGGAUGUUGCGCCGGCGCAUGUCCGUGCGCGGCGCCAUCAAGAAAACGAGGUCCAUUAAUGUGGAUUCUGAAACCUUGGGCAUGGAAGGGGAAAACGUAGGUCCACACUUGGAAAAGAAAGGAUCGUGGCUUGAUUUGGAGCCGCCAGCGUUCGGACGCAGUCCCUCCCCUGAAGAAGCCAAGAAAAGAGCCUUUACCAAGGGCACAUCGACAACUACUUUGGGCGUAGUUACUCCGACAAUCGAAAUUACAAAGGAAACUACUCCACCACCACGCAAGGAAGAAGCGGUAGUAAAGAACCCACCAUUGCGAAACCGAACGAUAUCCGAAAGCCAAAGCCUGGCAUUCGCCGAGCAGGAGACCGACGAACUGAUAGCGAUGUUACGAGAAACGGAAAAUCUCGACGAACAGGGCGAUAUACUACAGUACUUGGUGGACACGCAUGGACUGGACUUCAGUACCGGUAUGCUAGAAAACGGGAAAGCGGUAACAGUAAAGGAUUUACUCAAAGCUCUCUACGAGAAAGCUUGUACCCAAAAACUCUGGGGUCUAGUCCGUCACACCGCGGGCAUGUUGGGCAAACGUGUAGAAGACUUGGCCAAGGCUGUGACAGACUUGCUCGUGCGCCAGAAACAGAUCACUGUGGGCAUGCCGCCCAACAACGAACAUACCAUCACUGCGCCGUUACCUGAGAACGAGUUGAGACAGUUGAUUCAUGUGGCCUAUGGCGACGAUGAAAGUACAGCGAUGUUAACGCAAGAGUUGCUGGUGUAUCUUGCCAUGUUCAUACGCACCGAACCGCAGCUGUUCUUGGAGAUGUUGCGGCUCAGAGUUGGACUUAUCAUUCAGGUAAUGGCAACAGAAUUAUCUCGCACCUUGUCCUGUGACGGUGAAGAGGCGUCCGAACAUUUAUUGAACCUGUCACCUUUUGAGAUGAAGAACCUCCUUCAUCACAUCCUUAGCGGCAAGGAGUUUGCUGUUAACAGCGUGUAUUCAAUAAUUUUCGGUAUAAAACAAAAGUACGACCAGAGAGUGGGUCGCGGUAACUUCUCCAUUGUGAGCAACAAGUCGGCUCGCUAUACAAAGAAAUCUCAAAUUAUACUGGAAGGACAAGGACUUCAGGGCACCAUUGAUGAAGCGCCCAUAGCGGAACCAGAUCGGCAAGGCCAGUGGCUGCGACGUAGGAGACUCGACGGUGCUUUGAACCGGGUUCCCAGGGACUUCUAUCCGCGUGUAUGGGGUGUUUUGGAAAAGUGUCAAGGUCUAGUGAUCCAGGGCAAACUGCUGCAACAAAAUUUGACCCAAGAGAUGACGUCAGGAGAGUUGAAAUUCGCGUUGGCCGUGGAAACUGUCCUGAAUUCGAUUCCCCAGCCAGAAUACAGGCAGCUGGUGGUGGAGGCUCUGAUGGUGCUGACAUUGGUUGUGGAGUAUAAGGCUGUCAACCAACUGGGAGGAAUGAUAACGGUGGAACACCUAGUGCAUAAAGCUAAUCAAAUCUUCUUAGAGGACCAGAUGCGUUGCAACGGCGACGCAACAUUGUGUUGUGCGGCCAGCGCGUGCGGCAACGCGCUCGUGUGCGGAGGCGCCGCCGGCGUGUGCCAGCACCUCUACGACUCCGCGCCCAGUGGCAGCUACGGCACUAUGACGUACCUGGCCCGUGCUGUUGCCGCACUGCUGACCGAGCGUCUGCCGCACGACGUACCCAUCGAGUGCGCCAUCACUUAGUUCUGGUGCGGAACCACAAAUGCCGACUAUCCUCAUCUUAGCAUAAUGUAGGCCUCAAAAUAUGACGUGCUAUUGCUUAAAUAUACUUAGUUUAAUAGAUAGACAAUGUAGUAUAAUUAAGACCACCUUUAUAUUAAUCUACUUUUUUUGUUAUAUUAAGCUUAAUGCAUGCAGUUAUUGGCACACCUUUUAUAGAUAUUUAUAAACAAAAUUACUAUAAUGGUGCAUACACAGCGCACGGGUCCAAUGAACGUCACAAACAAGACCAAACUCGUUGGUCUUUGACACGCUAUAUUAUGCGUUUCCUUUUUACUCAUACCACGGUCGCGAAAUCGAACGCGAAUAAAAUCCUACGUUAGUGUGGUUUUACAGUGACGCUUUCGCCAGCGCGGUUGGUAAGCGUCGCGGGCCACGAGCUUUGCGUCUCUUGGAUCGUUACAUAGCCGCGCGGAUGGCCCGCGCGGACGGUAAGCGUCACUGUAAAACCAGCCUUAGAGCUUGUCGGUGUGUAUGCAACAUUAUACGAACUUGGAAUGAAAAUAACUCACAUAAAUACAUCCAUUAGAUAUACAUGCUAUAACACAUAUUUUUAUUUACACAUUCGCUAAUCGCCGUUGCUGUCAACGACAUUAAUACUGUCGCACAUAAUCUCGCCACCGCACCGCGCGAAGACGAGACCGGAACUAUGUAUCUCGCGUCGCGCUCGCACCUUUGCGAACAUUGUUGGCAAAUGUGUAAAUACUUAGACUAGAACUUAGAAAAUUAGUUAUCUGUAAAACAUACCAUAAAUUAUAAUUAUAUCAAUAUAAUUAUUGUACCCAAGUAAAUAAUAUUAUAAUCAGAAUAUUUUAUUGCAAAUGUUACUUAACACAAUGCAGAGUAUAAUGGCUACUUUUGAUAAUAAGAUAAAGAUUUCUUAGGGAUCUGGUAAUUAAUUAGUAUAUUAUUUAAAGCUUCAGAAAAUAACUGUUACAAUAAUAUUUGUUAGUUUAUUCAUUACAGAAGUAUAUUUUUGUUACUUUUGCAAAUAAAAAAAAAAAAAUAACAUACCUAUUGUCCUACUAAAUAUUGUUAUUUUUAUAUAAUCUUUAUAAUAUGAAUUGGUAGUAUUUUUUACACAUAGUAUUAUAUUUUAGCAUGCGUUUGUUAACUACAAUUUAUUGAGUCUACCCUUUUUAUGGGGUGGAUGUCUACAGCUGUUUAUUUGUUGAUUAUAUCCUACUUAUAAGAUUAAACAAUGUUUUAAUAAAUAUUUGUCUUUAGAAGUCAUUUUUUAUUGAA